CAACGUUUUAUUAUAGGACAGGUAGGCAGAAUGUGCAGUUAAAAAUAACAUUCGGUUAAAUUAUAACCUGAAUUACGCUCUAUAAAAGUGGCAAACAGAGAAGACGUAAUUUUUGUGUGAAUUCCCACGAGCAGUUUCCUUCUUCGCAUCAAGGAAGAAAGGAUUGAACAACUGAACGUGUGUAGACAUAUUGUGUAAGAUUUCUCAACAUUACUUUGUUUGGUAAAUUAAUUAAGAAUGGAAGGUGCCGUAACAGACUUUUCUUUUCGGCUAUACAAAGUUUUGUCCGAGGGAAAUGGAAAUUUGUUCCUGUCUCCGUACAGCGUGUCGGCCGCCUUAAUGUUAACUAUGCUGGGUACCAAAGGGGAAUCUGAAGCUCAAGUUAAACAGGUUUUGGGUCUCUCCGGAAUUCCUGAUCCACACAAGGCGUACAAGAAACUACAUUCUACUCUGACUGGGAAAUCUAAAGAAGGGGCCAAGCUGGCCAUUGCUAAUAGAAUAUUUUCGAAACUCGGACUGGAUAUCAGAGAGUCUUACAAGAAGGAAUCGUUAGAAUAUUAUAACAGCGAGAUGGAGCUGUUAGAUUUUGUAGGAAAUCCGGAAGGGUCAAGAACCAGAAUAAACACGUGGGUUGAAGAACAGACUAAUAAUAAAAUCAAGGAUCUGAUUCCCGCAGGGGGGAUUAAUGCUUUGUCUUUGAUUGUCUUGACAAAUGCAAUUUACUUUAAAGGCGAUUGGGAAAAUGCAUUUCAGUCAUCAAAAACAAAACGUGAAAAAUUUCACAUUUCCGAGACAGAAUCGGAAAUGGUUGAUAUGAUGCAUAUGGAAAAGAAGAAAUGGCUAUUCAGUGUUUCUGAAUCGUUAGACUGCAAAAUGUUGAAUCUUCCGUACAAAGGAGAAGAACUGAGCAUGCUCAUAGUUCUUCCAAAUAAAAUAGACGGGCUGUCCAAAUUAGAAUCAAGCCUCACCUCGGAAACAUUUCAAGAACUAUCAAAAGAAUUUUUUCGAGAGGAUGUAAUCGUCUCCAUUCCAAAAUUUAAACUUGAGAGUUCAUUUGAGCUCGAUAAAGUUCUUGCCGGAAUGGGUAUCACCGACAUUUUCUCCAAAAAAGCCGACUUCAGCGCCAUGAUGGAUAAUCCGCCAGAGGGCACUUUUGUAUCUGACGUCAUUCACAAAGCAUUCGUUGAAGUUAACGAAGAAGGUACGGAGGCCGCAGCGGCUACGGCUGUUAUGAUGAGACUGAUGUGCAUGCCAAUGGAGCCCAUAGUGUUUAAGGCAGAUCACCCCUUCUUGUUCCUCAUCAGGGAAAAUUCUACCGGAACAGUAUUGUUCAUUGGUCGCUUCAGUAAACCAGCUUAAUAAUCGUACAUAUGUAUUUUUAACAUGACUUCAUUAGACAAUGAAUCUUUGUAUAAUAUAUAUCAAGUCUAUAAUUUAUGUAUUUGUAUAUCAUUCUUUUAGCGGAUAAACCAUAUAAUUGGG